UUCCAGCGCUCCUGACUCCGUAACCCCUUCACGAACCGAACUUUCUUUCCGACUCCUACGUCCUCAACUCUGGAUCGGCAUAAAUGAAUGAACCACCGGGCAAUAACGGAAGAAAGUCAUCCGGGAAAUCUUCCUGUCUAACUAUCCCGUUAAAUCCAGGAAUUUAUGUCGGGCUUGAUAGGGGAAUCAUUAGGAGUUUUUUCCUCUGGAACGAUAUUUCAAGCUUCUCAAAUGUGUAAGACGGCGACUGGUGCUUUCUGUCCCCCUUGCAAAGGAGUCACGUUGUAAUUAAAGGGUCAGGUUUUUGACUGCCAGGACAAAUGAAUACAAAUGAAUUUAGGGACCCGAAGGAGAGAUUGCAGAACCUCUCAUCUCGACACAAAGAGAGCUCUCUUGCUCUGUACCGUUCUCUACUGUACUUGUUACCUGGGACUUGCACAAGUACAUCCUGAAGAUGUGGACAUCCUCCAGAGGCUGGGGCUCCAGGGAGACAAGCCGCCUCGCUCCGUCCCUCCCGGGGUCAUCCCCUUCCGCUCGGGGGUCAUCCUCACCCAGAGGGCACGCCUGGAGGCUCCCCUGCGCUCCGUCAUACCGCCGCCCUACUGGCCAGACCUGGCAUUGCUCCUGAGCUUCCGCUCGCAUCGUGUCAACAGCGCGUUCCUCUUCACCGUGCUCUCCGGCCGCAGGAAGCUGCUGCUGGGCCUGCAGCUGAGUCCUGGGCGCCUGGUCCUCCACACGGGGCCCCGGACCUCCGUCUCCCUGCCCUACGACCCCCACGAUGGCCAGUGGCACCACCUGGCCCUGGACGUGAGUGGGCGGACGGCCACUCUGUACGCGGCUUGCGGUGGGCAGAGUGUUCAUGCGGACUUGGUGUGGGACAGGGAGGACGGGGAGGAUGGGGGCAGGGACCCCCAGAGAAGCUCCUUCCUGCUGGGGAAGGUGAGCCAGCAGGCCUCGGUGCACUUCGAAGGAGCCGUGUGCCAGCUGGACCUGGUCCCCUCUGCGCAGGCAGCUCACAACUACUGCAAGUACAUUAAGAAACAGUGCAGGGAGGCCGACACUUACAGGCCCAACCUGCCCCCCCUUCUGCCCCUCAUCCCCCGGGACCCCAACACCACGGCCACCCGGGCCCCCCUGGCCCUGGUGCCCCCGGACUUGGCCAGGAAACCUUUGGGCCUCAGCCCAGCUCGGAGCGCCGCUGCUGCCGCCUCUGCUGUCCGCUACGUGGCUCCUUCCCUCCCGUUAAAACCCACCACUCCACCUCCUCAGCCCUUACCCGGUACCGUGGCAACCGCCACUGCCCGGCUGGGACUUGUCUCUCUCACCAAGAUCCGAACCCAGACCGUGACGGUACCGCUCAGAACUGGAGUCCGCCACUCCUUGAGAACCCCCACCCCCAAACCCCCAAGGCCCACCCCUGCCAAGUCCACCUCCAAGAAGACCACGGUGGGUCCAAACACCAGGAAACCUGCUGGCUCUUCCACCGCUGAAGGUACCAACACCAAGAAGAAACCAGACAUGUCGGAUCAGGUGCCAGGAAGCACAAGUCUUAAGAAACCGAAACCCACCCCAGCCAAAAAGUCCCCUCCAAAGCCCAAAGCCACCCCUGCUAAAGUCCCCCCUUCUAAAGUUGCCCCUUCCAAAGUUGCCCCAUCUAAACUCACUCCUUCCAAAGUCGCCCCUUCCAAAGUUGCCCCAUCUAAACUCACCCCUUCUAAAGUAGCCCCUUCUAAAGUUGCUCCCUCCAAAGUUGCACCAUCUAAAUUGACCCCGUUCAAAACCACCUCAUCUAAAUCCACCACCCUCAAGGUCACCAAGUCCCCUGCCAGUCCCAAGCAACCCCGGACAACGAAGGCCCCCCUCACCCCCAGGUCCACCCCCAGAUCCCCAUACGCCACGGUCACCCUGCCGGCCACAGACGGCUUCCAGACCUGGGAUGUGGAGCCCACCUAUUACUCCCUGCUGGAUGGAGCCCUGGGGCUGAAGGGAGAGCCAGGACUACCA